AUGUCUGGCAUGGAGCUGCAGCGCCGCAAUGCACCGGGGCCACAAGUCAUCCAUCCUAUACCGGACGCGAAUCGGAGAGGAAUGAUCGCCCUCUUCACGCUCAGUCUAUUUUCGGUCAUAACCACAGGUGCCUUGGUGGCAUGGCUUACCUAUCGCCUCAUCUUUUGGCGACGGUACUACACGAGAUAUCCGGGGAGAAACCAAUUCAUUGUCCUGAUAUACAACCUUUUAAUCGCGGAUCUACAUCAAGCAUUGGCCAACAUGGUCUCUCCUUACUGGCUCAUCAAGGACAUGGUAUCAACUUAUUCUCCGGCAUGUUUUGCUCAGGGUUGGUUGAUCAAUGUUGGAAAUAUCGCCAGUGGCAUGUUUGUCCUUGCCAUCGCUGUCCAUACUUUCGUAAACGUGGUCACAAGAAAAACUCUGGGACACGGCGUGUUUGUGGGAUCUGUCAUUGGGGUCUGGAUAUUUUCUAUAGUUGUCACUCUCAUUGGUCCAGCCCUUCGCGGGAUACACAUUUAUGCACCGACUGGUGCUUGGUGCUGGAUUGAUAACCAGUAUGGAGAGGAGCGUCUGUAUUUACAUUACUUCUGGAUUUUUGUUGCCGAAAUCGGUAUCAUCAUCAUCUACCCAACUCUAUUCUUCAUUGUCCGCCGACGCUUAAAAUCGUCGAAGGAUCUCAGGGUAAACGGCACGAAACGGCCCAAAUUCAAUAGGGUGCUAAAAGUUAUGUUCUUGUAUCCAAUCGCCUAUAUUGUCAUCUCCCUUCCGAUCGCCGCUGGUCGAAUGAGUCUAAUGAACGGACGGAGCCCAGGAAUGACAUAUUUCUAUGCUACGGGGACUUUAUUGAUGUGCUCGGGCUGGGUUGACUCCAUAUUAUAUUUCAUUACACGACGCCACCUGCUAGAAGGAGACAUCCAAACCGAGAGUGCAUCUAAUGGCAGCCAAAUACACGAUCGCAGCUACGAUAUUCCGCCCACCAUAGGAGGAGGAACAGCACGAAGCAUUGGCAGACAAAAGCCGGGGACCACUGUUCUUAAGCAUACACAAACUUUACAAACGAUUUCCAGCUCCACAGACAAUAUCAUCGACGCGGUCGAACUCCCAGAACUAGGCGGAUUGGACCAAAUGACAGCAGUCAAAAACUCAAGCGAAUCUACCAGGGUCCCAUCCUCCUCAUCGUCAUCGCACCGCCAGCCCGCGAAUUCCUACCCUAACGUUCCAAGCACUAGCACGAAUGGCCCAUUGGCACAGCCUGAUACCACGAGGAAUGAGCCAACACAAUUUCAAAUGCAUUGGGCUCGGUAG